AUGGGAGUAAUAGGUCUAACAGCCGUCGAAGUUCUUGCCACGUGUCUCGGAUUAGGCCUAGUUCUGGCCAUAUUAAUAGUGAUAUGUAAUUGUGUUUCGACGUGUUGGGAGACUAUAUCUCAUCGGAGAAAGAAGAGAAAUGUGGAGAAGUUACCAGAAGAUUAUGUGGAUGAAAUACAUCGAUUGCUGCAUCGGAAUCAGAAACCAUGUGAUUAUGAUUGUGUUGUAAUUGAGUCAAGAAGACAGUCGGCUAAUUUGGAGUAUAUAUCCGAUUCUCGAGUGGACUCUACACCUCCACCACAACCAGUUGUUAUUCCAAGAGGCAAGUCAGUGGAGAAACAAGAUCAGUCUACGAGAAAGAGCCUGCCGAGCAAGAAUGUCAGAAUGGAGAGUGAGGAGACCAUCAACACCAACACAACCAACUCUCAGUCUACAAUAACCGCAUCUGAAAAUGGUGAUCUCACGGGUCCAUGUGAUGGAAAAAGUAAACGUCGAACAUGGGGGAGGCUGAGUAAUUCACUUUUUGAUACGGCUAUGAUGCCCUCAUUGGAUACCACAACAACUGAAGAUACAAUGGGAACAGCGUGA